UCCGCCGCCAUGAAGCUGGUGAUUCUGUCCUGCCUCGUGGCUAUCGCCGUUGCCGGCGACUAUGGCUACGGAGGUUAUGGCGGUAGCCACGGCGGCUACGGCGGCUACGGCGGUUACGGCGGCCGCGUGGGCUAUGGCGGAUACGGAGGUUACGGCGGCAACUAUGGCGGCUAUGGCGGCUAUGAUAGAAGCCUUGGCUACGGCGGGUAUGGCGGUUCCGGCGGCUACAGAGGUUAUGACGGCAGCUACGGCCGCUAUGGCGGCUACGGUGGAUACCGCAGCCCCGGUCGAUACGGCGGCUACGGUGGUUAUGGCAGCUACAGCAGUUACGGCGGCCGCAGCGGCUACGGCGGCUACGGUGGUUAUGGCGGCUCCAGCAGUUACGGCGGCCGCAGCGGCUACGGCGGCUACGGUGGUUAUGGCAGCUACAGCAGUUACGGCGGCCGCAGCGGCUACGGCGGCUACGGUGGUUAUGGCGGCUCCAGCAGUUACGGCGGCCGCAGCGGCUACGGCGGCUACGGUGUGGUGGUCUAG